GUCUUUAGUUAAUGGCGGAACGGUUUGCUCAGGUAACUUUUUUGAAGGAGCUGCUUUUGGAGUAUUUUCAGUCUCUGUGGAUGUUUGCUUUUCUCCUGUAUUUAGGCGAGUUCGUGAAAUUUGGCUUUGUUCUUCCUUUUCUGUUUCGGGUAUUUGAUUUGAAUGAGUACUUGGUGUUGACGGGGCACUAUUAGUUUUGGGGUGUGGGUUCUCUUCGUAUUCCAGGUCUUCAAUGGUACAUGCAAUGUUAUUCACAAAGAGUUUAUUUCCUCUGAUAUAACACCGAUUUUGGGUGUUUUCUCUAGCUUGCUUUAGACAAGUUCUCAAAAUUUUAUUCUCAUUCCUUUGAUUUCCGGUCAGAUCCUGGGCAAUGUAUAUUUUUGAUCCUUUUAGAUUGCGGCAAUUCUGAAGGAUUUCUUUUUUCUUCAUUUGUGAUACCAACUCAAGUUUGAUAGAAUAAUUUUUAUCAUUUCCCAAUUUAUAAAUAUUGCUAAUGUCUGACUGUAAUAGGUUCACAUCAAGUAGUUGUUUGAUUUGGUUACAUAUGAAAUCGAUUGAUACUUCUUUAGGAUUUUUGUCGAGCUCAAAAAUGACUAGAUUUUUCUUUCUAUUCUCUUUCUCUAGUGACUCAACUUUAUUUUUGAGUUCUAGAUUUUCUUUCUCUUAACUCUUCACCUUAUUCUUGAGGGAUUCAAUUUUCAGACUGACUCGUACUUCACUAGCUUCAAUACUGUUUUUCAACUCACUCCUGUUUCUGACUAUUUCAUCAUACAAUUGCUUCAAAGUAAUUUCCGUUUCAUCGUUUCUCAUUUUAUCACUGUAGACGUGUGUGAGCACCUUAACGUCAAUUAUUUGUGGAUUCUGGCUACCGCUUUUUGUGAUGGUGAAAUUAUUUAGGUCAGAUGUUCGUUUGUGAUCUUGUUAAACUCUCAAUGUCAAUAUUGUUCAUUUACCAACUCCAUAAGUCAAUACUUUGCUUUUCCUUCCAAAGAAAUAUGAAAAAACUGACCACAGUUGGAACCAAUGUUGAUGGUUUGAGCUGUAUAGCAGGAAUGAAAGUAUAUUCUAUGAUAUUGAUAAUAUUAUUGCACAGGAAUAUGUUCGAUUUCGGAGCAGCGGUCUUGAAUAUUGAAGAAAUAGAAGAAUAUUAUUCCAGGUUUGAGCUUACUUUCAUUCUGAAUGGCCCCAUUUUAGUAGACUCAUUCUUCACAAUAUCAGGAUUUUUAGCAACGUAUCUGUCGCUACACUACUACUAUAAAAUGAAACAUAAAAUUAAUAUUCUUCAUCUUUAUAUACACAGAUACAUCAGAAUGGCCCCAACAUAUGCUGUUAUUUUGGCGUUCUAUUGUACGCUAUUUGUUAAGUUAGGAAAUGGACCUUUAUGGCAAGAGAGAAUUGGCGUAGAGCAACAGAAAUGUCAAAAAGUUUGGUGGGCAAAUCUUCUGUUCAUUAAUAAUUAUUAUGAUACCAAAAAUUAUUGCAUGUUUCAGUCUUGGUAUAUGGCAUGCGACAUGAACGCAUUCUUGGUAGUUCCUAUAAUUUGUCUCAUUUUGUACAAGAAAUCGAUCGCAGGAGUCCUAACCAUUUUUGUACUCAUCUUUGCUUCAAUUAUCACCGUUUUCAUCACUGUAUAUCAGUUUGAUGAACUUCCUGUUUUACUCCUGUAUGUGAAAAUUCUACUUUCUCCAAGUACAGACAGCACAUUCCUUAGAGUUUAUAUUCCAGGACAUAUGAGAUCAUCGUCCUACUUUGUCGGAGUUAUGGCUGGAUACGUGAAGUAUAGGAUGAAUCUUGAUAACUACAAGAUACCAAAGAGAUGGGUCAGAUUUGGAUGGAUAGCCACUGUCCCUUUAUUAUUUUUGUCGCUUCAUAUUUCGUUCAUUUUCUAUGUUAUGCAAGUUCCCACUUGGUUUUCAGCACUCUAUGCUUCAAUGCAUCAUUUAUGCUGGAGUUUGGGCAUAGCGUGGAUGUUAAUUGCCAUUUCUUCUGGUUACGGGUACUGGGUGGGUCCCAUACUGAGUUGGUCUCCAUUAGUUAUAUUGAGUAGAUUAACAUACACGGUGUACCUGUGCCAUGGAGCGAUUCAAAUGUUUUCGUCUGGCAUAGUUAGACAACCCAUAUAUGCCAGCACUUUCAAUACUGUAUAUUUUAUGAGAAUAAAUGCAAUAAGGAGUUUGAAAAUCUUAACCACGCAGUAUCAGUUGUUGGAUAUGGUUCAGAAAAUGGUACAGACUACUGGUUGGUCAAGAACUCCUGGGGCGAUAGCUGGGGAAUGGACGGGUACGUUAAGAUGUCCAGAAAUAAGGAUAAUCAAUGUGGAAUUGCAACAGCGGCUGUUUAUCCAAUCUUGA